UAACCUUGGCACCACGUCACAGGCUGUGCAGCAGUGCAGUAGAACGGGAGUGCAUGCGAGCCACAGUGCCUCAUAGGUGGAGAGGGGUGGGGGGCUGCAUAUCGCUGCCGCGUCCUCUGCUUGGCGCUCGUCAUCCCCCGUUCCCACAUCCUUACCUUUACAAGCCCAUGCUCGGGCUCCUUCUCCCCCCUGCCGCCGGCGCUACUGACAGCAACGCGCUCCUCCUCUACCACCCCCCACCCCACCCCCCAAACCGGACCCCCCCCUCUUCCCCCUCGACAUGGAUGUCCCGUCGUCCCUCGAGCCGAAGGAUUGCCGCGUGUUGGUGCAGUGAAUAAGACGAGGACCAUGCCGGGACUGCUAAUGGAUUUUGGGAGAGCGCGAGUGACCAUGCCGUGAGCUUCACUCGGCCAUCUCCAAAAUAAAGAAACAGCGACGUGCAUCGCAAGGAAAGGGAGCUCGGACACGCGCGCAGGCGGGAUUUUAAAAAAACCACCGUGCAUUUGUUUUUGUUUUGUUUUUUCUUCCCACCCACCCCCCCGCAAACAACAUGAAGAUUACCUCCUGUCCGCUGAUGAUAAGCAGUGUCGUUGUCAGGUCCAAGCUCAGCCUCAUUCCGCUUCUGCUGCUCUUUCUCGGUCACUCUCGCGGGAUGCCGCAUGUGCUAAGAUUUGGGGGAAUAUUUGAAUCCAUCGAAAGCGGCCCCUCGGGAGCGGAGGAACUCGCCUUCAAAUUUGCCUUGAACACAAUCAACAGGAACCGCACGUUGCUCCCCAACACCACGCUGACCUACGACAUCCAGAGAAUAAACAUCUUUGACAGCUUCGAGGCCUCCCGCAAAGCAUGUGACCAGCUGUCCCUGGGAGUGGCCGCCAUAUUUGGACCGUCGCACAGCUCGUCGGCCAACGCGGUCCAGUCCAUCUGCAAUGCUCUGGGAGUGCCCCACGUCCAAACGAAGUGGAAGCAUCAGGUGUCCGACAACAGGGAUUCCUAUUACGUCAGCCUGUACCCGGACUUCUCGUCCCUCAGCCGAGCCAUUCUGGACCUGGUGCACUUCUUCAAGUGGAGAACCGUCACCGUGGUCUACGACGACAGCACAGGUACAGGACUCAUUCGACUGCAGGAGCUGAUCAAGGCGCCGUCACGAUACAACAUUCGUUUGAAGAUCCGACAGCUGCCCACGGAGACCAAGGACGCCAAGCCGCUUCUCAAAGAGAUGAAGAAAGCAAAAGAAUUCCACGUCAUCUUCGAUUGCGGACACGAGAUGGCAGCCUGGAUAUUAAAACAGGCUCUUGCCAUGGGGAUGAUGACAGAGUACUAUCACUACAUUUUUACCACUCUGGACCUUUUUGCCCUGGACAUGGAGCCGUACCGUUUCAGCGGAGUCAACAUGACCGGUUUUCGCAUCCUCAACACAGAAAACUCACAGGUGUCAUCCAUUAUCGAAAAGUGGUCCAUGGAGCGGCUACAAGCUCCGCCCAAACCCGACUCGGGCCUCCUGGAUGGAUUCAUGACGACGGACGCAGCCCUGAUGUACGAUGCCGUGCACGUGGUGGCGGUGGCGGUCCAGCAGUCGCAGCAGAUCACCGUCAGCUCCCUGCAGUGCAAUCGCCACAAGCCGUGGCGCUUCGGGGGGCGAUUCAUCGGCCUCAUCAAAGAGGCUCACUGGGACGGCCUGACCGGCCGCGUUCUCUUCAAUAAGACCAAUGGACUCAGGACGGAUUUCGACCUGGAUGUCAUCAGCCUGAAGGAGGAAGGCCUGGAAAAGAUCGGGACAUGGGAUCCUCCGAGCGGUCUGAAUAUGUCCGAGACUCACAAAAGCAAGACGUCCAACAUCACCGACUCGCUGGCUAACAAAUCCCUGCGCGUCUCCACCAUACUGGAGGAGCCGUACGUCAUGUUUAAAAAGUCGGACAAACCUCUGUACGGGAACGACCGCUUCGAGGGUUACUGCAUCGACCUGCUGAGGGAGCUUUCGGGAAUCUUGGGCUUCCAGUACGAAGUGCGGCUGGUUGAAGACGGCAAGUAUGGCGCCCUGGAUGAGAGCACGGGCCAAUGGAACGGAAUGGUGCGCGAGCUCAUGGACCAUAAAGUCGACUUGGCGGUCGCUCCUCUGGCCAUCACCUACGUGCGAGAGAAGGUCAUUGACUUCUCCAAGCCCUUCAUGAUGCUGGGGAUAAGUAUCCUGUACCGCAAGCCCAACGGCACCAACCCGGGGGUCUUCUCCUUCCUAAACCCGCUCUCACCUGACAUCUGGAUGUAUAUUCUGCUGGCUUGCUUGGGUGUCAGUUGUGUGCUGUUUGUCAUAGCCAGGUUUAGCCCGUACGAGUGGUACAACCCGCACCCGUGCAACCCCGACUCGGAUGUAGUGGAAAACAAUUUUACGCUGCUCAAUAGUUUCUGGUUUGGAGUUGGGGCUCUCAUGCAGCAAGGCUCGGAGCUCAUGCCCAAAGCGCUGUCGACGCGAAUAGUGGGAGGCAUCUGGUGGUUCUUCACCCUGAUCAUCAUUUCCUCCUACACGGCCAACCUGGCCGCCUUCCUCACCGUGGAGAGGAUGGAGUCGCCCAUUGACUCUGCCGACGACCUCGCCAAGCAAACCAAGAUCCUCUAUGGCGUGGUCGAGGAUGGGGCCACCAUGACCUUUUUCAAGAAGACGAAGAUCUCCACCUACGACAAGAUGUGGGAGUUCAUGAACAGCAGGAGGCAGUCGGUGAUGGUGAAAAACGUGGAGGAGGGCAUCCAGCGUGCCCUCACCUCCGAGUACGCUUUCCUCAUGGAGUCCACCACCAUUGAGUUUGUCACCCAGCGCAACUGCAACCUCACGCAGAUCGGAGGCCUCAUCGACUCCAAAGCCUACGGAGUGGGAACGCCGAUGGGCUCUCCAUACAGGGACAAGAUCACCAUUGCGAUUCUGCAGUUGCAGGAGGAGGGCAAGUUGCACAUGAUGAAAGAGAAAUGGUGGCGGGGGAAUGGCUGCCCCGAAGAAGAGAGCAAAGAGGCCAGCGCUUUGGGGGUGCAGAAUAUCGGCGGAAUCUUCAUCGUGCUGGCCGCCGGCCUGGUGCUGUCUGUCUUUGUGGCCGUGGGGGAGGUGCUGUACAAGUCCAAGCAGAACGCCCAACUCGAGAAGAGAUCCUUCUGCAGCGCCAUGAUGGACGAGCUGCGGGUGUCUCUGAAGUGCCAACGUCGUCUCAAGCAGAAGCCGCAGCCACCCGUCAUCGUUAAAACGGAGGAAGUCAUCAAUAUGCACACGUUCAACGACAGGAGACUCCCGGGAAAGGAAACCAUGGCGUAAAAACACACACACACAAAAAAAAGGAAAGGAAAAAAAAAAUCCCCUCUGUGUGCGGGAAUGCAUUGGGGGGAGCUGGGUGACAUCACAUCUGAAGUUGGGGGGGGUUGAAGAUGGGCACCAUUGAUUUAUGUCGAGAGAUGUUUCCCGUGGAAAUCAAGCUAGCUGUGUGAGCAGUGUCACCUCACUGUGAUGGUCACUUUGUGAAGGCAGCUGGACAUGAAGAGGACUGAGAGUGGACAAAUAAACACCAACACGCGCACACACACACACACACACACACACACAGUGACACAGGAUGUAGGGUUUUUUUUUUUAGUCCGAUCUCUGUGUGACCCCAAUAUACCCCUUCCCCUUAGUUUCUUUAGGAUUAUUUGGAGAUUUAAAAAAAAAACAAAAAAAAAAACCCCGAAGAAAUCCCAUCAAGAAGAAGAUGAUGAGUAGACAUCACCACAAACACUUUUACUACGAACUGGUGUGUAUAUUUCGGAAUCAUCUUCGCCAACUCAUAGUACCGUCUUUUUCCUCGUGCCAAAGCUUUUGGUUCAAAAGCCUCAAUGUAAUACGCUUCUAAUGUCUCUCCGAGUUCUUUUAAUGCAGGAUUUCUUACCAAAAAAACAAACAAAAAAAUGUUGUUUUUGUACAAGAUCAAGACAUUUUAUAGGACUUUAUAUCAUGGUAGCCCCUCCCGAGGACACGACAUGUAGCGGACGCAAAUGAAGCCCUUCCCCUCCGCUCCCCAAAACGCAUAGGGGGCGGGGAGGUGGGGGCCUCUGUAGGAUUCCAUCCCGCUCACUUACGCCACAUUUCCGCUUUCAUUUUUUUUGUGUGCGUUGUCUGGAGAAAAUAUGGCAAUGUAAUAAAGCUGUGCUUGGAGUCUCAAAGGAGCUUGUUUUUAAAACGGAAUACCUACAACAGAAUAUUUUAAGAUAUCGGGUAAUUGUUUGGGCUGUCGAUACCAGCCACCAAUACUUAAGGCCAAAAGAAAAUAAAAAUACAAAUGUGUCAUUAAGUUUUCCUCAGUGCUGCAACAUCGUUUCAAGCAGGGAAACGACCGUACGCUCAAGACACCAUAUGAUGACCAAAAAAAAAUUGACUUGCUGUAAUUGAUGCAAAAUUUGAACAUUAUGUCCUGUGAUGUGGGUGUUUUAUGUAUUUGUUUUCCGGUGAGGCAAAUAGUCAAGACCCAACAAUCAUAAAAAGUAAUUCCGAGCAACCGGUUAGCCUAACUGUUGCUGCUGCUUCUACUUUUUCCUUCUUUCUUCUACUAAAUCUAUGACUCCUACUACUCUGGAUGAACUAAAUUCUGUCUCUUACUUGUAAUUUAACUUUUUUUUGGGGGGGGGAGGCUCUUGUUGACCACCUUAAAAAAAAAACAAGUUCGAAUACGACGACCACCCUUUUCUCUUUAUUUUGGGGUCAGUCUGGCUGCUAUGCGUCACAAUGCCGCCUCCCACAGGUCAGUCUUGGUAACUGCACCCGACAUCGGUGUUUUUUUUGGGGGGGAUGAGUAGCCUUCAAAAUGUCGUUUGAAAUGUCAUUUAUGACGCGCGUGUUGGGCACUCUUGGUCACUUCUGCACAUAGAACACACGGCGGUGUUUGGUUUGAAAGACGGGGUGAAGGGCGGCACAUUAUUGGGCAAGGAACUUGCAUAAUAUCGGAUGUGUUGAAUACAAUUUAGAUCAAUAGAGGAAUGGAAUAAAUUGUGUGUUUGUGUGUGUGUGUGUGUGUGUGUGUGUGUGUGUGUGUACAUAGCGAACUGUGCAAUAGAUUUACAUCACACACAAAGGGAAAUGUGUCACAGUUGACAGCAGAACACCUUUAUUUCACUCACCCCAAUAUGUCUGCGUUGUAUUGCUCAUUUAAAGCCGCAGGCGGCUUCUCGAUUCACAGUUCAAAUAUCAUACAAGGCUCGAGUGCAAAAGAAAUGCAAAUCUUUGCUCGAUUGUGGAUUGCCUCCUUUUCACAGCAAAGUUAAAAAAAAAAGAUAAA